GGCGGUAGCGGAUUUGAAUAAAAGAACCGUGGUUAGGAAGACACGUAUGAACGAUAACUUAUCACAAGGGUCCAGAGUUAUCUCCCGCUGCUGACACCUGCCCGCUAAAAUGUUAAAGAGCACAGGACGCAUAAAGACUCGUUAGUCCCACCAACAUCGCGGGCCGAAUGAUAGAUUAAAAAUUAAUUGUUACGCAAAGAAAAUUAAAUUGGACAAAAUGUUUUCAUUACAAGAUUUCGGAUUUCUAACUAUAUUUCUCACUUGUACAUCCGGAUAUUAUCUUUGUCCCCAAAACGUGCAGUGUCCGCCCGGAUGUACUAAAAUAGAUACAAGAGGAUGUAAACUCUGCGCAUGCGGGCCUGGUAUGUUCCAUCCAGGAGGAUACGUAGGAAUGCCUAAAGGAAUGAUGGGUGGUUUCGGAGGAUUCCAGCCCGGAUCUAUGGGGGGAGGGAGUCCUUUCGGUGGUAUGCAGGGCGCUAAACACGUGUCUGAGCGGCCAUUGAAGCAGUGCCCCGGCACCAUGCUGUGUAUGAUGACGUGUAAAGGUCACUACACUCUGGGUGACGUAGGCAGUAACGGCUGUCGAUCUUGUACAUGCCCCACCCACCAUGAAACGUCUUCACAUGUGAUGGUGGUACAAACGUCGUCUCACUCUUCGUCUCACACAUCUUCUCACCACGACUGCGCGGGAACUAAACUGUGUAUGAUGACCUGCCACACUAGGUAUAUGUUAGGGGAGAGGGGUUCCGAUGGAUGCCAAUCCUGCACUUGUCUUCCAGCCCCCACCGAGGCCCCGAAGCCCGCCCCCACUAAGUCAUGCAUGUCCACCGUACUGUGUAUGCUGUCCUGUAAGACUGGAUAUUCCCUGGGUUCAGCUGGCAGUGACGGUUGUCAAACUUGCACGUGUAUUGCACCACCGACCCAACCUCCUACGACCCCGGCACCAAAGGUCAUGACAUGCACGCACACAAUACAGUGUAUGCUUAACUGUAAACAAGGCUACACACUAGGGAACACCGGAACUGACGGCUGUCCACAGUGCACAUGCGUAGUUCCUACUAAAGUGGUACAAGUGGUGGAGGUGUUGACCUGCUCUAAGAAUAUAGAAUGUAACUCAGGUUGUGGGGCCGGGUAUAAAUGCGGACAUGACGGAUGUCCGACGUGCGACUGUAUCAAACCAGCGACUGUGGGUCUGACGGUGGUUGAGGUAGUUAAACAGCCUGUACGUUGUACUACCGCCUUCUCGUGUCCCGCCUCCUGUGAACUCGGAUACAAGUGUGGAUCAGAUGGGUGUCCCACGUGCGAGUGUUUGAUUGCUGUACAAACAGAAUCUACGUCCAUUCUUUGUCCGCCAUCAUUUUCAUGUUCGCUUACUUGUCUUCAUGGAUACGUACCAGACCCUAGCGGUUGUCCCUCAUGUUCUUGUCACAUGGUACCAGAUUCCACCUCGGCGACCCUCUCCUUCAUCAAAUGUCAAGGCCACUUCCUCUGCUCUGAUAAAUGCCAAACAGCUUACGUAAGCGGAAGCGAUGGAUGUCCACAAUGUGCCUGUGUGCCGGUUUCCAAACCUCAACCACAACCUCAACGCCAGCCUCAACCUCAGCCACAGCCUCAGCCCACACAUAUUGACGCCCACGCCAUUCUGGCACAUUGCCCAUCUACAAUGAACUGUAUGACGUCAUGCAAAGAAGGAUACACACUUGGUGGAACUGAUGCUCAGGGAUGCCCCAGCUGUUCAUGCGCGAAGAUACAAAAAACUGACAAUUGCAAAACGGGAUGUGCAAAACAACCAACAGCGGUCGCAGUCAAAACAUGUGACGCAACAAUUUCUUGUAUGACAUCAUGCGACCAUGGAUACACACUGGGGGAGAAAGGUCACGACGGUUGUCCUGCAUGUAGAUGUGAAGCAAAAUGCACCACGUGUGAAACCCAUCCCAUCGUAGUACAGAAAGUAGACGAAUGUCACAACUGUGAAAAGAAACCAGUUGUGGUAGUCCAGAAGACCUCAGAAUGUACAGAAAACUGCGGGCACCACACGGGAACAUACGUGGCUGUGAGCGGAUCUAGUGGAGGUACAUCUGGCGGUGCCGCGGGUGGUAGUGGCGGGUUUGGUGGCAGUUCCGGUGGUCUAUCAGCUGGAGGUGGUGGCAUGUCGGCAGGAGGCAGCGGCGGCAUGUCGGCAGGAGGGAUGGCAGCAGGCGGAAGCGGCGGAGGAGCCCAGUGUAAACCUCUCCCCCCAAAUUGUCACCCUCAUUGUAUAAAGUAUGAUGUUGCUCACUGUCGACUAUGUAUGUGUGAAAGUGAACCCAUGCACGGAUGAGAAACCAUUUUUGCUUUCACUAGUAUUCAGAACUGUUUGUUACGCAUCAAUGCAUUCUGUA